AUCGAUAGGCAUAUUCAAAGAUAUAGUUUUGCCAUCCCCACAUCGGGCGAAUAUAAUAUAUUCUCUGCCUAUCCGAUCCGAUCCGUUUCGAUCCGAUUGCGACUGCAACUGCAACGCACUGCCAGAGACAUGACUGAUCCCAGCAAGCUUUCGGUGGCCGUCGUCUGCUCCUCGAACAUGAACCGCUCGAUGGAGGCGCACAACUUCCUGGCCAAGAAGGGCUUCAAUGUGCGCUCCUACGGCACCGGCGAGCGCGUCAAGCUGCCCGGCAUGGCGUUCGACAAGCCGAAUGUGUAUGAAUUCGGGACCAGCUACGAGGACAUCUACCGCGACCUGGAGGCCAAGGACAAGGAAUUCUACACACAGAACGGCCUGCUGCACAUGCUCGACCGCAAUCGGCGCAUCAAGAAGUGCCCGGAGCGCUUCCAGGAGACCAAGGAGCAGUUCGACAUCAUUGUCACCGUGGAGGAGCGCGUCUACGACCUGGUCGUGCUGCACAUGGAGUCCAUGGACUCGGUGGACAAUCGGCCAGUGCACGUACUCAACGUGGAUGUGGUGGACAAUGCGGAGGAUGCACUAAUGGGCGCCUUUCUCAUCACCGAUAUGAUCAACUUGAUGGCCAAGUCCACGGACCUAGACAACGACAUCGACGAGAUGAUCCAGGAGUUCGAGGAGCGCCGCAACCGGGUCAUCCUGCACUCGGUGCUCUUCUACUGACGACCGACGUCCGCCAACCGUUCGUGUCCAGCAGCUCCAGCAGCUUCGGCAGCUCCAGCAUCCGCGGCCAAAUCCCGCAGACUCCCCGCCGACUGCAGUUCGCCUGGGAUCAUCGCAGUGGAAUACGGAUCACGGACUGGGAGCCUAGCAUAUAAGAAACUUGUAAAUAGAGAGGGGCCAUCGCAGCGGCAAAAGAAACACCCAAGCACACA